UGGUGUUGAGUCAUUGGAGGCUGUGGUUUAGAUGGUUUUAGCAUUGUAAGGCUAGAUAGCAGCCUGUCUGGGGCUCACAGUCACUGAAAGUAACAGAGAUGUUGUACCGUAGGUUCUUUGAUGUCCAAGGCCUCUCCAAGAAGUUAAAGUGUCGGCGAGGACUAGAGGAAAAGGAUGGAGAGAAGAGUCGAGACAAAGACGAGAGGAGAGAGGCGAAGGCCAGAGAGAGAUGUACGCUGAACGGACAUCACUUCAGCAUGGUCUCCUCCCAGACACAAUCCUCCUCCUGCCACCAAUGCAGCAAAACCAUCAGCACUAAGGAUGCCUUUCUCUGCACCAAAUGCAAUGCACAUGUUCAUAAGAGUUGUAGAGAAAGCCUGCCUGUCUGUGCCAAGGUGAAGAUGAAGUCGCCCAGACAGCAGUUAGCAGUUCCAGAUUCAGCCACCGUUCCUGUUGUCACCCGGAGAACAAAACGAGACUUAAAACCGGCUGCAUCGCGGGAGCGGCCCUGGUCAGCCAUCUUGUCUCCAGAAGACUACUCCUCAUCGGUUGUUCCCUCCCGAAGACACACCUCCAUCAUACCCUUCCAUGGCUCCAACCUGUCAAAGAGUAUAUCCAUAUCCAACAUCGCUGGUCACCAGGUGUUUGAUGACAUGCCUAUCAAGGGUCUGCGGUACCUGUCCCAGUCUACUGACUCUCUGUGCAAGACCAACCUGGUCAAUGAAUCUACAGAGUCACUCACAGAUGAAGGAACAGAGAUGAUUGACAGUCAGCUGAUGGGGGAGUUUGAGGCAGACCUGAAAGAGCUAGAAGCAGACUCCUGGAGCAACAUUAUGGACAGCAACUUCCUCAAACAUCUGAAGAAGGACGUCAUCAAGAGACAGGACGUCAUCUACGAGUUGAUGCAGACAGAGAUGCACCACGUGCGGACCCUGCUCAUCAUGGUGGAGGUGUACAGUAAGGGUCUGGUGAAGGAGCUGCAGCUGGAGCCUCAGACAGUAGACAGGCUGUUCCCUGCCCAGGAGGAGCUCCUGGACCUCCACACCUCCUUCCUGACACGCCUCCUGGAGAGGAAGAGGGAGAGCCAGCAGGAGGCGGAGAACGGAGGAUUCAUUAUCAACAAGAUAGGAGACAUCCUGGAGACACAGUUCUCAGGGACCAAAGCAGCGAUAAUGAAGAGAGUUUACGGGAAGUUCUGCAGCCGACACAACGAGGCCGUGAACAUCUACAAGGAGCUGCACUCCAAAGACAAACGCUUCCAGGCCUUCAUCAGGAAGAAGAUGAGUAGCAGUAUCGUCCGGAGGCUAGGUAUCCCAGAGUGCAUUCUGUUAGUCACCCAGAGGAUCACCAAGUACCCCGUCCUGAUGCAGAGAAUACUACAUCACACUAAAGAGAAUGAGGAAGACCACGAGGACCUGAGUGAUGCUCUAUACCAGGUCAAGGAGGUCAUCACUGCAGUGGACAGCAAGGUGAACGAGCAUGAGAAGAAGAGGAGGCUGAAGGAUAUCUACAGCCGGACAGACAGCAAGUCCAUUAUGAGGAUGAAGAGCGGUCAGAUGUUUGCUAGAGAGGACCUGCUCAGAGGGAGAAGAUUGCUGUAUGAUGGACCUCUGCAGCUGAAGACCUCACAGGGGAGACUCAAGGAUGUAACGGCCAUGCUUCUCUCUGAUAUCGUCGUCUUCCUGCAGGAGAAAGACCAGAAAUUCGUCUUUGCCUCUCUGGACCAGCGCUCCACGGUCCUCUCCCUCCAGAAGCUGAUCGUUAGAGAGGUGGCUAACGAGGAGAAGGGUCUCUUCCUGAUAACAGCAGGGAUGGAGAAACCAGAGAUGGUGGAGGUACACACUGCAACCAAGGAGGAACGCAACACCUGGAUGCAAAUCAUACAGGAGGCCAUGCAGUCCAUAGAGAAAGAUGAGGACGAGGGGAACCCCAGUGAAACGGAGGAGGAUAAGAGACUGCUGGAGACUAAAGCUAAGGACAUGAGAGAGAUGCUGAGGAAGAAGGAUGAGCAGAUCAUGAGUGUGCUGGAGGAGAAGAUGGCGGUGUUUAGGGAGAUGUGUGAUGUCCGGAGCCCUGGAACCCCCCCAGGUCCAGGAGAGGAGCCGGGCCCCAGCCAGGUCACCAGGGCCAAGGGGCUGUUCAGGGCUGGGAGCGGAGCGGGCUCUGAGGACGUACCUAAAGGAGAGCCCAUCAUAAAGGGAGCACUACAGGAAGUGGAGACGUUGCAGGCGCUGGUGAACGGUACUCUGGGAGGAGCGAUGGUGGGGCAGCAGGUGGUGUGUGUCCCAGAGACAGAAGGAGGAGGAGGAGGAGUGGUGGGCCUGGGCUCUGCAUGUCUCCUUCGCAGGGCCGAGACCUUCGGAGGCUUUGACUCUCACCAGAUACACUUCUCUAAGAAUGGGGACAAAGAAGAGGGAGAGGACAGAGCAGACCUUCGCAGGACAGAGUCAGACGGUGUACUGAAGAAGGGGGAGAAUGCCACGAUGCUGUUACUGAAGAGGAAGAAUGAGCAGGUCCUCCACAGUGUGAGCCACCUCCAUGACCUGCUCAGCACCCUGCAGGCAGUGGUGGUCCAGCAGGACAGCUUCAUUGAGGAUCAGCGCCAGGCUCUCACCAACCGCCCCGAACGCCUCACCUCCUUCUCCUCCUCCCGGCCCUCCUCCCGCCACAACUCCCUGAUCGAGCAGGAGAAACAACGCAGCCUGGAGAAACAGAGGCAGGAGCUGGCCACGCUGCAGCGCCAGCAGGCCACACACGACCAGGAGAAGAGGAGGAGGGAGAGGGAGUGGGAGGUGCGGGAGCAGCAGCUGACAGACAGGGAGGUGCAGCUCCUGGUACAGGAAGAGGAGACGGGGAGGAGGAGCAGGGAGCUAGAUACGGAGAGGGUGGCGCUACAAAGGAAGAAGAAGGACUAUCUGAUAGAUCUAGAGAGACUGAGAGACGCUCAGAAGAAACUAGAUCGAGACAGAGAAAACAUACACAGAGAAAUGGAGAGGGUAGAACACAUGAGAAUGGCUAAGAGGUGGAUACAGAGAACUCCCUCCUCCACCUCAGACGACUCCUCCCACUUCCCCUCCUCUACCUCCCUGGACAAAGACCCAAUGGACCCCACUGAGCUCUCCUCCUCUCCCAGGAAAGACUCCCCGACCUCGUCAAAAGGGAAGAGCCGAAACCCUUUCUCUGAGGCCCCGGCCCUAAAGGCCCAUAGUGUAGACAGUCAGAACCAGAUACCUAACAGACUGCUGCAGCUGGCUAAAGACAGGAGCCAGAACAAGAAGGACAAGAAGAAGAAGAAGGAUCAGGGUACGCAGUCACCAGAUACCCAGCACCUAGAGCCUCCUAUAGAUGGAGAGAUCUACUUCUGCUGAGGAGACCCCUCUUCAUCUCCUCCGAUGUCAAUGCAACGUCCCUCUCACCAGCUGAAUGCAAGGCCAAGUUGCCAAAGCGCCCUCAUCGUCAAACCCUCUACGUCCUCACAAACACUCCCAACUGACACCCAAUAGGAAGGUCUCUCAUCGUCAAACCCUCUACGUCCUCACAAACACUCCCGACUGACACCCAAUAGGAAGGUCUCUCAUCGUCAAACCCUCUACGUCCUCACAAACACUCCCGACUGACACACAAUAGGAAGGUCUCUCAUCGUGUGUGUCAUAAGCUCCAACUGCAAUGUUCUGUCUCAGUGCUCACUACAGAUUGGCUCCUGACUUUUACCUGCUGAAAAAAUAUGACAAUAAUGAAACUGCUUCUAUGUUAGAUACUGUAGGUUAAAGAUUGUCUAUAACAAUAAUGAAACUGUUUCUAUGUCAGAUACUGUAGGUUAAAGAUUGUCUAUAACAAUAAGGAAACUGCUUCUAUGUCAGAUACUGUAGGUUAAAGAUUGUCUAUAACAAUAAGGAAACUGAUUCUAUGUCAGAUACUGUAGGUUAAAGAUUGUCUAUAACAUUAAGGAAACUGUUUCUAUGUCAGAUACUGUAGGUUAAAGAUUGUCUAUAACAAUAAGGAAACUGCUUCUAUGUCAGAUACUGUAGGUUAAAGAUUGUCUAUAACAUUAAGGAAACUGCUUCUAUGUCAGAUACUGUAGGUUAAAGAUUGUCUAUAACAAUAAGGAAACUGAUUCUAUAAUAGAUACUGUAGGUUAAAGAUUGUCUAUAACAUUAAGGAAACUGCUUCUAUGUCAGAUACUGUAGGUUAAAGAUUGUCUAUAACAAGAAGGAAACUGAUUCUAUGUUAGAUACUGUAGGUAUGUGAUGGACUAAAUGAAGACAAUACCAUUAUCCUAACCAAUGAGGAUGGAGAGUGAUUUGAGCUACAGAGUAAUCGUCUCUGAAUGGUUUUAAAUGAGCAGGUCUAAGAGUCUGUCUAUCCUCUAUGGAAUGACAUAGAAUCUGAAUGGUUUUAAAUGAGCAGGUCUAGGGGUCUGUCUAUCCUCUAUGGAAUGACAUAGAAUCUGAAUGGUUUUAAAUGAGCAGGUCUAGGAGUCUGUCUAUGCUCUAUGGAAUAACAUAGAAUCUGAAUGGUUUUUAAAUGAGCAGGUCUAGGAGUCUGUCUAUGCUCUGUAUGGAAUAACAUAGAAUCUGAAUGGUUUUAAAUGAGCAGGUCUAGGAGUCUGUCUAUGCUCUAUGGAAUGACAUAGAAUCUGAAUGGUUUUUAAAUGAGCAGGUCUAGGAGUCUGUCUAUGCUCUGUAUGGAAUAACAUAGAAUCUGAAUGGUUUUAAAUGAGCAGGUCUAGGAGUCUGUCUAUGCUCUAUGGAAUGACAUAGAAUCUGAAUGGUUUUUAAAUGAGCAGGUCUAGGAGUCUGUCUGUGCUC